UGUAAAUCGUCCAGUGCUAAUAUUGGCGAGGAACCAGACCACUUAAAUCAGAGCUCGUCUCCUGCUCAAAUGUUUCCCUGGAUGAGACCACAAGCAGCGCCGGGUAGGAGGAGAGGAAGACAAACAUACAGCCGAUUCCAGACUCUAGAGCUGGAAAAGGAGUUCCUCUUUAACCCUUAUCUGACCAGGAAGAGGAGGAUCGAGGUGUCCCACGCACUAGGACUCACCGAGAGGCAGGUAAAGAUCUGGUUUCAGAACAGGAGGAUGAAAUGGAAAAAAGAGAACAACAAGGACAAAUUCCCCGCUUCCAGACAGGAGGGAAAGGAAGGGGAAGCCAAAAAGGAAACACAUGAUCUGGAAGAAGACAGAGCUGAAGGCCAGACGAAUUAA